UCGGCAGUCUGGCCAGAUCUCCGGCGCAGCAGGCAGCGGCUGUGCGGGUCACGUGACCGAAUAUUAAACCGGGCAAGCGCCAUUUUCCGUCAACUGUGCUGGGUCCGCGCACAAAAGAAGCCCCCAUCUGUGGAUCCGUGUUCCGUUUGGCGCAGCAAAAGGGCCCGAGCCGAGCCCAGUGUCAGCAGUCGCGGCCCACGAUCGGCAUCGGCGGCCCCCAGGGCGGCCCCACGGCUCCUAGACCGAGGCACCCUGGCUCCGUACCCUUCAAGGCAAAGAAGGAGGUUCAUAGACGAAGUGCCACGCGGUAGAGAGCUAGUCAGCAGCCAGGGGCUUUGUUGCGGGGCUCCGGGGUGCCGCAGACCCACUGAGCCGGCCGUUGCAGCGCAGGCGGCGGCCAGAGAAGCGGCCCACGAGACCGGCAGCAGCGGCGGCAGCGGCCACCGGCGCGCCCGCUUCAGCGGCCAGUUGGACGCGCGACAGCUGCGCAGACACAACUACAAGUCUUCGGUGCUGCCGGCCAAGAGCUCCGCGCACCUCGAACACAGAUCUCGAACCCGCGCCUCCCGGCCGGGAAUGAACAUGGGCCAGAAAAUAUCAGGCGGAGCUAAGAACGUGAGUCGCGAGAGCCCGCAGCCCUACAAGCCUGUGAUUCCACGCGAACUGGCUCAAGACUUUGCGAGGCCGGCGCGGCUGGACAUCCUGCUGGACAUGCCUCCAGUGAGCCGCGAGUGCCAACUGAAACAUGCAUGGAAUGCAGAGGAUAGAUCCCUCAAUAUUUUCGUCAAGGAGGAUGACAAAUUGACUUUCCACCGCCACCCUGUGGCGCAAAGCACAGACUGCAUUAGGGGUAAAGUCGGCUUCACCAAAGGGCUGCACGUUUGGGAGAUCCACUGGUCCACGAGGCAGCGAGGGACGCACGCGGUCGUCGGUGUCGCAACUCAGGACGCGCCGCUGCAUUCUGUCGGCUACCAGAGCCUAGUGGGCAGCAAUGAACAGUCAUGGGGUUGGGACCUGGGGCGCAACAAGCUGUACCACGACAGCAAAAACAGCGCCGGCGGUGUGACCUACCCUGCGCUGCUCAAGCCCGACGAGACUUUCAUCGUGCCAGACAAGCUGCUGGUCGUGCUUGACAUGGACGAGGGCACGCUGGCGUUUGUCGUCGAUGGCCAGUACCUGGGAGUCGCCUUCAGAGGCCUCAAAGGCAGAAAACUGCACCCGAUUGUGAGCGCCGUGUGGGGACACUGCGAGAUCACCAUCAAGUACAUCGGCGGCCUUGACCCUGAGCCUUUGCCUCUGAUGGACCUGUGUCGGCGGGUGAUACGACAGCGGGUAGGAAAGGAGCAGCUGGAGGAGCGGAUCCACGAACUGUGCCUGCCCCCGGCGCUCGAGACGUACCUCUUGUACAAAGACCGCAGAUAGCCCGGGUAGUGCGGCGGGCGCGAGCAUCGGCCACCUCCGGCUCAAAGACUCUGAUUUCCGUUUUCUCUUGUGCAAAAAGAAUCACAACUCACUACGGCUCGGUGAAAUCUACGAUGAGAACGAGUUGCUCUGAUUUUUGUUUCGAUGAUUUGUAAUAUUUAAAACUCUUUGGUUUCUUUGCCAUACCACAAAAAUGACGACGACAACAACGACUACCAAGAAAAAAGAUCAAUCUCGCUUGUGUAUUAUUAAUUUCUAGGGAUCUCCUUCGCGAUGACGGGCAUUUUUAUGUUCCUGUAAAUAAUACAAAAAAAAAGUAAGAAAGAAACACAAUUUACUCAAAGGAAAGAAUUCUCACAGAUCGAGAGAAAGAUAAGAAAAAGAGCAAGAGGGCUUCAAGAGUCUCACACGUACACACUGUUGUGUUUUCAAGUAAUCUUUAAUUUUUUCGUUUCGUCGGAAAAUGCUGGCCCGGCCUUGGUUUGUGAUAUUAUUCCCGUGUUUGGCCGAAAUUCGGCUGCAUUUACGUUAUGAUAACUUUUUCAAAGAGAGAUGAUUUGAUGAUUUUUUAUUUAACUGAUUGUGUAAAUUAAGUAAGGAAGUAAAACUGAUUGCAUUUGCAAGCCAGCUGGCGGCCAAGGCCCGGGUGAGAAAAAGAGACGAGAGUGUCGUUUGUGUCGUGAACUGGACUGUGAGUGCGUGAGCUGUAAUUAAUUUACGAAGACAAAGUGUCGCCAGCGCAGUGACUGUCUAUCGGAGAAGAUGUAUAACAACAAAAAAACUACAACCUCAUGUAAUAAAUAACUCUUUAAUUAUCAUUUCUCUGCUUAACAAAAUCGAUUAAAUUUAGUUUCAAAUUUUUUAUAUCUCAAAUUAAGCGCAUGCUUUGCUGUAUUGACAAACUGAAUAGAACAGUUUUAUUGAUGUUUGUAGAGUAAAAAAAUCAUCCAAUUGUAAAAAGCAAUUCAAAA